UAGAUCGGAAUCACUUUGGGAUUUUUAACGUUACCGGCUCGGCUCCACUACCUUUCAAUAGUCGUUUAACUCGACGAUCAGUUCCUCCUCCGUCUCUGUCGACGUGACACCGUUUCUGAUCUCUCUCACUUGCUGAUGCAUCGACCAAUCUUGUAAACUUAACAAAGACGGAACCUUUCAUCCAACAUGUUCAAGAAGUUUUCAUUGGAGGAGGUUUCAUCGCAAAACCAAGUAAAGACUUCAGUUCAACGUAGGAUUCGCCAGAGCAUUCAAGAUGAGUACCCAGGACUUGAAACAGUGAUGGAGGAUCUACUUCCCAAAAAGUCUCCUCUCAUUGUAGUGAAGUGUCCAAACCAUCUUACCCUAGUUGUUGUCAACAAUGUGCCCCUCUUCUUCUGUAUCCGCGACGGGCCAUACAUGCCAACACUGCGGCUUCUUCAUCAAUAUCCAAAUAUAAUGAAGAGGUUUCAAGUUGAUAGAGGUGCAAUAAAGUUUGUUUUCUCUGGUGCAAACAUAAUGUGUCCUGGUCUUACAUCCCCUGGAGGCGUUCUUGAUGAAGAAGUUGACGCAGAAAGACCAGUGGCUAUAUAUGCAGAAGGAAAGCAACAUGCCUUAGCAAUAGGCUUCACCAAAAUGUCAGCCAAGGACAUUAAGAGCAUCAACAAAGGAAUCGGAGUGGACAACAUGCAUUACCUCAACGACGGUCUCUGGAAGAUGGAACGGCUAGAUUGAAGGAGCAUGAAGAUGUCAUGUGGAUCACUGUUGGGGAGAGAUAUAUUAUGAUCUCAAUUUUUAUGCGUCUCUAAACUUAUGGAGCUUUUGUCUUAGAUCAACCUUUUAGCUUCUGUUAUGAAAUAUUUUGAUGUUUUGUUUUA